AGUUGUCUGUGGAAAGAUCAGGGCUUUGUCAAAGAAGAAAAGCUCUAAAAUGGAGUUCAAUAGGUGCACAAGUGCACCCGUAGAAGAGGCUCGGAGAAGACAAGAGGCCGGGGAGGAUGCUGCUCCUGAUUCUGGCAGUAGAGUUGUCAGUGAAGAGCUGGAUCUGGUACAAAUGUAUCUUACCUGUUUACCUGACAGAUACAUGAAAGCAAAAUUCAGCCUGACUGCAUAUCUGGCAUGCUGGUUGGUUCUGAAACUCUGCAAGAAAGCCUGUGAGAAAAGACUGUCAGCUUCUAAUAAGGGUCUCAGUGAAACUACUGUAAGAAAGCCUGCCAGAGAAACGGAAGAGGAGAAUACCUCUGAGAAGGCAAAAUGCUACAAUGAAGUGCCGAGCCAGCUGGAGACCCCUGAGCCAACUGAAACCUGCAUCAGUGAAGGAGAGUUUGAAGAUGACCAGAGUUCUACCACACUAAGUACAGUAGAGUUGGAGCUACGUGGAUCAAGCCAGGAAACAGAUGAAGAUUAUUUUGAGACCCAGUCUCAUCAGAGUGAAUCAGUUUCAGACAUUAAGACUGAGCCUUAUGAAAGUGCAUCAGACACAGAGUCUGUUGCCUUUGACAUAACUGGAGAAACUUGCUUGAGUUCAAGCUGUUUUUCUGCUGAAAAAAGAGAACCAUGCCAUAAGUUUCAUGAUGUGAAGGCAGAAUUGUCCGCUCACCAACUUAAUUGCACAAGGCAGCCAGUGCAUAGUCAAAGGAAGCAGUUGGAUUUAAAAGUAGCAUCAACCAAGAAUGAACUUUGGGUGCAGACUGGAAAAUCAGAAGGAGAAAAGACAGGGGAGAAAAUACUAAUAUUAACUAGUGAUCUUUCCAACCCAAAGUCGAAAACCAGUGGAGAGGAUACUGUAACAAGGACAGACACUAAGUUAGUUGUUGGUGGAUUGCAAGGUCAAAUAAAGUCUGAUAGCAAUAAAGCAAAACCAACUGAAAAGGCUGUUACAAGGAAUGAAAAAAGACCAACAGUAUUGAAUAUUGCUUGUUUGAAAGCAAACUCAGAAAGUUGUUUGGCUUUCCCUGAUACUCUGCAAUUUCCUUUCCAGCCAGAUGUAGGAUCAAGCCACAGUUUGCCUAAUAUAUAUUUUGAAACAAAUAAAACUGGCUAUAAAAGAAACACGGAGGUGAUUGAACUGAAUUCCAACCUGGAUUCAAUACCCAGCAUAAAAUGCAAUAAGAACUCAGUUAACAGUCAAAAUGCAGCUAAAGGGGUAGUAAAUGGAAUCUCAGGGGUCAUGCUGAAAUCAGAUUCACUCUUACACCAGCCCUUCCUAAAAUCUAAAUUUCAGCCACUACCUAGGAAGCCAGAGAUUACAGAAAGUAAACCAUGGCACAGUGAACCUGAAAACAUUAGUGUUCAAGGCAAGAGAGAAUACUUGGAUGACUAUUUUCAGCUUACUGAUAAGUUUAGAUGGUCAUGUUCCAGAAUACAUCUUCAAGGCCUAGAUUUGGAAUACACUUGGAAAGACUUAAAAAGGGCUGGUUGCAGCUCUGAAAAAGCAAUAAAAGACAAGGGGAAAUUUGGCCUAAAAGGAUCACUUCUUAAUGCCUAUGUAGACUCAAAUAGUGAUCAGCUUUCUCAUCCGGUAGGCUCUCACCAAGGUGCUGAUAUUAAUUUGCACGGGAAAUCAGAAGCAUGUGGCCUUAACAGAAAUAUGACAGAUACAUGUGCUUAUACCUUGUCUUUGGCACCAUUCCACCUGAAAGAUGCCUCCAAGUGUGAUCCAAAACAAAGAGAGAUUCUCUCAGCCUUGCAUUCUGAGCCAACAUGCAUAAGUGCGGUAGUACCAGCAAGAAAAGAUAAAAGCAAAUCUGACAUAGUUUUGGAAACACAAAGGUUCUCUGGCAGCAUUCAUGUUGAAACUGGCACUGAUGAUACUAAGGAACAAACACCUUGUUUUGUAGGUGUUUCUACUAGUGCAGAAAACAAAGGCGCUAAUUGUCCUGCAAACUACAUCCUGGCUGGCAGAACACAGCUAAAUAACUCAGAGGAGAGCAGCGCUGGCCCUGAAUCACCAAACACAGAGGCCUUUGUAAAGGAAGCAAGGUUAAGGGAUUCUUUUGAACUUGGUUUGGAUUUUAAAGGCCUGGAAACCACACCUAAAUCAGGUGCCAACGAUAUUCCAGGAGAGAAACAUGAUUCCGUGCUGCGGAACCAGAGUAAUAAAAAAGAUGCCUUGCAGGGCUACCAUAAGCCAGUGACAACAAACGGACGUGUUAUUAAUGAAGAAGAAAAGGAUGAAGAUAAUGUGUGUGCCAUUGAAAUAGCUCCCAAGCUGGGUUAUGUGAGCCAGCGACGGGACUUGUUGAAGUUCCCAGAGUUAAAACCGGCUCUAAUUAUAAUAUCUGUGGAACAAAAAGGCUUGCAUUCCAAGACAUUGAAUAAAAACUGUUCUACUGAAAUGAUAACGGGAACACUGGGAGAACUAGUAAGUAAGAAUUUGGGGUCUCCUUCCUUUGCCAGCAGAGAACAUAAUAAGCCUGAGGGAGCUUUGAAUGAAUACUUUAGCUGUGAAGAACAAACUUUGCCUAUCCUCCCUGUCUCUGGUGAUGAAGAGGCAACUCCUGUUGGGGGCCCUGUCCAAGAAGAAUCAGAAAUUGUGCAAAAGCAAGUAGAGGAAACGACUCUGGUUUCAUCCUUAAAUAUCAGCAGCAGUAGUGUCACAGAAGGAAAUGUAAGUCUACAACUGGAAAAUGAUAAAAAGCAGGAAGGAGCAGAUAGUGCAAUACAUGUGGAACCAAAUGAUGUAGCCAGUGUAGGAAUCUCUCAGGUAGAACCCUGCAGACUAAAUGCUAAUUUUGAGUUAGAGGCAGCAGAGUUAACACAAUCACUGUUUGAAAUGAGAGGUGACAAAGUGAUUGAGAAAAAUGAGUUCAGUGCAAGUCAGGGCCUGGAAGAAGGCAUGUACGUAACUCCUUCAGAAAUGAUGGAAAUGAACAGCGCUGGUGGCCUGUGCCGGCAAGAUGGGGCUACUGAUGACGUAGUAGGGAGCUGCAUCUUUGGUAAACAAAGACAAGAAGGGGAAACAACUGAAGGCUGUAAUAGUUCAAAAGAUCUGAUAGCUGUUUUUGAGGAUUCUCCCACUAGACCAAUAAAUCAGGACUCAGCUGAAGAGGAGCCAGCAAACCUUAGGAAAGACAUUGCACAGAAUGUGAAUGGGACCGAUACUUGUAAGCAUGCUGUGAAAAGGGACAGCCAGGAUUCCUCCACAGUGGGCCUAGAUAAUAUAAGUUCAGGCAGUGGUAACAGUGAGGAAAUGGAUGAGAAUUUAUUCAAUUUCCUGGGGAACAACAGUAGCUUUUACAAGGCUGUGCAAAAACAGACCAAGAUGGGGAACAGUGGGAAACCUUCCAAGUUUUUAGUUUUCUCAAAAAUGGCAUCCUUCAGGAAAACCAAGUCAGCACCUGCUGAAAAUCAAGGUAGUAGCAGCUUCCUUGGUGGCAAGACAAAGACAGAAGAACUGGACACUGGGAAAGAGGAAGGUGAUACAGAAAUCAUGCAGUCUUUUAAAAAUUAUUCCCCUACUUCUGUCUUUCAAAGGAAAGAAAGCUACACCUCUGAGUACUCUGAUGAUGAGGAUUUAUUCUAUGAGAGACCUGCAGGAUUAUUCAACAGAUUAAGCCUGAGGAAAGCCUCUAGCUCUGGUCGGUUACUGAUGGAAGACAUAGAAACGAAUCUUACUUCUCCCACCCUCAAUACUGUGAAAUCCCUUGAAGGACGAGCUUUAGCUUCAGAGGAAAAUAACCCUAAUGAAGCUGCAGCGUGGUCUGGGAUCAGAAGAUCCUCAUCUGAGAUCGAGUGUAAAAGAAAUAAAACCCCUGAGGGUAAAAAGUUUCGCACAAGGUUGGCCUUGGCACACAAAUCCUUGUCAAGUUUAUUUGAGUCCAGAUCUCUGGAGAAGGAAAACAAUGAGCAAUGCUCCAAAGUGCCACUGAAACAUGACAAAGAGAAAGCCAAACUUCGCCAAAGUUCUUGGAAAGCAUUUCUGAAAAGCAAAGAAGCAGAUGGGCUGAAGAGCUCUGCCUUUGCGAGUAUGUCACCAACCCUGGAGAGAUUUAAUAUCACCAGAAAUCAGCAGCAAGGUCCUGGCAAUGCUACAAGGAGGACCUCCACAGAGAAGCAGGAGGGUUCUAAUGGGCAAGUGUUUUUGAGAUCAGGUGUAUCUAAUGGCACCUAUCCAGAUACCAACCAUUUUGACACAUCUGUGGAGCAUGUUGAUGUCUCUACCCCUGCAUAUAUGAGGAGGAAAAGAGUACUGUCUUAUGACCUGACUAUCAAAUGUCCACAAAGCCCAGAUGAUGAUGAGCAGCAGGAAGCAUUGAGCAACAGUUUAGAUGCUUCCCUGGAGGAGUACUGGCUGAAAUCACCCUUCAGCCCCAGUGACUUGCACUCGUCAUUUACCCAGUUAAGCCCUUCUUGCCCCCAGCUAUCAACAUAUGAAGGCAAAGAUAUGCCCUGUAGGCCCAUGAGCCCCAAACCAUGGAGCUCAAGACCAGGUUUUCAAUGCAGGAGUGUCCAUUAUCCUGGGAGAAUAAGUGCCACUUCGAUGAUCUCUCUUGGGAACAACUCUGCAAUCGACAGCAGUUCAGAGGCACCAGAAAGGCCAAAGACCCUGAAACCUAGAGGUAGUCUUUUGCUUUCCAUGCAUUCACUGGACAAUGAAUACCAGAGGGAAGACAGUGGGAUAAGCAGUCAAUCCCAGAUCAGCUUGAACACAGCUUCUUCAGUUAGUGAUAUCCUCAGAGAUGAGGAUCCUAAACAGCAAAGUCAAACACCACCUGAAAAAAGGUCCUGUGAGAAAUGGGUUCCCCAUCGAAAAAAGAAACCUCCUCAGACACUGCCAUCCCCACGCCCAUUCUCAAGCAUUGAAAACAAAAGCUGGAGACUCCCUCUCCUCACUUUGGAUGGAAAAGCCAAGGAAACUUCACAGAGGAGGCGGCCCAAACCCCUGUACAAGCAUUUCAGCUUCGAUGACAUUUGGAUGGAAAGGAACCGGAAAAGGAAACUCGAGAAGGAGCCACAGAGGGAAAUCCAAUGGAGUAACCUCCCUGAGGACCAAGUAAAAGCUAGAAUGAGUUUGGCCAUCGCUUCUGCUGUUGCCUUUGACAUUCUUCCCCUUAAGUUGCAUCCAUUUUCGCAGAGCACCCCGACAGGCUUAGAUUGCGUGGGCUGGAAACGACGCAUCUCAUUUCCUGUGAUCACUGAUGGGCCACUGGAUAAGACAGCUCUUACAGAUGAUGUGGGAAGUGAGGAAGAUCUAUAUGAGGACUUCCGGAGUUCCAAUCACCGCUAUGGCCACCCUGGAGGAGGAGGAGAACAGCUUGCUAUUAAUGAGCUCAUCAGCGAUGGCAGUGUGGUGUAUGCAGAAGCCCUUUGGGAUCAUGUCACAAUGGAUGACCAAGAGCUGGGAUUCAAGGCUGGCGAUGUCAUUGAAGUAAUGGAUGCUACAAACAAAGAGUGGUGGUGGGGAAGGAUCCUUGACAGCGAAGGCUGGUUUCCAGCCAGCUUUGUACGGCUCCGAGUAAACCAAGAUGAACCCAUGGAAGACUAUCCUCUAAAAGUAGAGGACGGCAAAGAGGAAGACGUCAGCAGCACUGCCCGCCGCUAUGGUGUUGGGCAGACAAGCAAGGAUCAGAUGAGGACCAAUGUGAUUAAUGAGAUCAUAAGCACAGAGAAAGACUACAUCAAACACCUGAAGGACAUCUGUGAGGGGUACAUUAAGCAGUGCCGCAAAAGAGCUGACAUGUUUACAGAGGAACAACUGAAGACAAUCUUUGGUAACAUCGAGGACAUUUACAGAUGUCAGAAAAAGUUUGUAAAAGCCCUGGAGAAGAAAUUCAACAAAGAGUACCCACACUUGAGCGAGCUUGGCUCCUGCUUCCUGGAACAUCAAACAGAGUUUCAGAUAUACUCUGAGUACUGCAACAAUCAUCCCAAUGCCUGCCUGGAGCUGUCCCGCCUCGCUAAAGUGAACAAAUACGUCUAUUUCUUUGAGGCCUGCCGCCUUCUUCAGAAGAUGAUUGACAUCUCUCUGGAUGGGUUUCUUCUUACACCAGUGCAGAAAAUCUGCAAGUACCCACUGCAGCUGGCCGAACUGCUCAAAUACACCAACGCCCAGCACAGGGAUUUUAAAGAUGUUGAAGCUGCCUUAAAUGCUAUGAAGAACGUUGCUCGGCUCAUCAACGAAAGAAAGAGGCGGCUGGAGAACAUAGACAAAAUUGCCCAGUGGCAGAGUUCCAUAGAGGACUGGGAGGGGGAAGAUGUCCUGGUCAGAAGCUCAGAACUCAUCUAUUCUGGAGAAUUAACCAAGAUUUCCCAGCCUCAAGCCAAGAGCCAACAGCGAAUGUUCUUCCUCUUUGAUCACCAGCUUGUCUGCUGUAAAAAAGACCUCCUGCGCCGUGACAUCUUAUAUUACAAGAGUCGGAUCAACAUGGACGACAUGGAAAUAGUAGAUGUGGAGGAUGGGAAGGACAAGGACUUCAACAUCAGUGUUAAAAAUGCAUUCAAGCUGCACUAUAAGACCACAGAGGAAGUCCACUUAUUCUGUGCAAAAAAGCCAGAACAGAAGCAGCGCUGGCUCAAAGCAUUUGAGAACGAAAGGAAACAGGUUCAGCUCGACCAGGAAACUGGUUUUUCGAUCACAGAAGUGCAGAAGAAGCAGGCAAUGUUGAAUGCCAGCAAACACCACCACAGUGGGAAGCCCAAGGCUGUCACCAGACCCUACUAUGACUUUCUGAUGCGCCAGAAGCACCCCACCCUGCCGGCCAACCUGCCCCAGCAGCAAGUCUUCAUGUUGGCAGAGCCCAAGCGCAAGCCUUCAAACUUCUGGCAGAACAUCAGCAGGCUGACACCCUUCCGGAAAUGAAGGGCAGCCCCGCGUCUGUGCCUGAAUCCCCUCCAAGAAAGCACUUUAUCCAUCAGCUCUGGGAUACUUGAGCCCAGACUCCUCCAAUCCUUUGUCUGCAGAGGACGGUGCACGCUCCUUCCUUCCCUAUUUAUUUUGCAGACUGACUAAACUCAAUGGCUCCAAAAUGGGACACUGUGCUCGUACCAGUUUAAGUGAGCCGACCUUGCAUAGCACCCAGCAGCUCUGUAACUCCCAAGCAAGACAACACAACAGCAUGGAGCCCAAAGUGUGUUUCAUCCUCAGAUUUCCCUUACUGUCCGUUUGCAUCUUGAACCAUUCCUUCCAGCUGGGAACAUAAUUGCUGUAUGACGACUGCCAGAAAGACUAACUUUCAGUCAGUGCGGCUCUCCGUGCAGAGAUGUCAGCUGGGUCAGUAGGACAUCUACCUGCUUGGUGUCUACUGAGCAUGCCCAAAACACUAGUUCCAUUAUUGCUGAUGUUAUGCACUUUUGGGGGAAAUUAAACCUUUUCUUCCACUGCCACCAUCCCCAGUGUUUCUCAUCAAGGAAGUGAUAUCCCUACAUGUUUAACAAAUUGAUUAGCCUUUAUUGGCACUUAGAAAAGGCAGCAGUGAGUAUCACUGUGACCUUUUUACUUCCCCCUUAGUUCAGCACACUGAUGAAGUACCAUAGUAUCUUAAAUGGUGCCAACCAACUUACAGCAUGAGUAAAAGUACAAGAAUCUCACAAUCUAGCUGGUUUUCUUGAGUUAUGUAUGUUAGGAAAAAUUGUGCCUAAAUUAAUACUCCUUAGACUCUUUCCAUCAUCACUCUGCCAUAUUUCCUGGCCAAUGAAAAUGUUCAUUGUUUGUAAUGUGUUUUAUUUAUGGUAAAAACAAAACUGUGUAUUUUGUAAGUUUGUAAUUGGUCUUGUCAGAUGUUAACUUGAUGCCUGUUUUGUCUGUCUUUUUUAACAAAAACAAGGUGGCCAACACUUGCAAACCUAGCUCCCUAAAGUUAGAAUUCAUGGCUGGGCACUGGGUUCAUGGCUUUUCACAUGUUGUGGGGGGACAGGUGGGGGGAAGAGAAACAAGUCAGUUCUAGAAGACCCUGACCAUGGGAUUUGGAGUCUACCUUUAGGCAUCCAGGUUUGAUAACUGUGGCCAAAAAGAAUUCAUUUAAUCCUUGGUUAGUAAAAGAAAAGAUAUGCCUUACAAUAGUGAAAGAGUUAGAAGCCAUACUGACUGAAUUCCAUAGUUUAGGAGAAAGUCCUGUGAGGUGGGAAAGAAGAUAUCCAUUCACUCCAACAGGAUGCUAUUGUGAGUGAGCACUAACUCUCUGCAAAGCUCAGAGGUCCAAUGUAUGCUGAUGCUGUAGCUGACCAAAGUCUGGUCAUCCAGGGAUAUCUGAAUUCAGUAGCAUGUAUAAAGUCAUUCUUGCACUAUAUCUUUCCCCACACAAGGGGCUACAUUUAAUUUCAUAAAGAAACUUGUAAAAGUAACCUGCAGCCUGUGUGUGUGUCUUACAUGUCUGUAUCCAUUUGUGUGGUCCUUGUUUUCCCUCUUCACAAUCAUAGCAGGCUUGUUCUUGCUGCAUAAGCAGCCAUGUGGGAAGCUGGCAUCUCUUGGAUAGCACAUCUGCUGAGACUAAUGGGAACAGAAAUAGACUGAUUACUUGGCAAUGCUGUGCCCAAGCAUGGUAGUGUAAAGUAACAUCCAUCUCUCAAAUUCCUGCCACGGGCCUGGAUGGGUUUCAGUGUCGAGUGUAACAGCCUGUAACUAGUCUCUGCUAAACUUAAGCCAAAAUCAAGAACAUCACUGGCUGAGCAUAUUAUACCAAGCACAUCAUUCAAGGCUGUUUUCCUUAACUAGAAUUACCUUUUAUUUAUAUAACUUGCAAUGAACACUUGAGCUCUUCAACUCUGAUUUGCCUCUUACUGCUGCAAUGAAUGAGACCAGAAAGCAGUGUCAAGAUGUAAAAACUGCCUAAGAUUAUCUCUAUAUAUGAACGGAGUAUAACAUAUGUAAUAGACAUGCAGCACCUACUCACUGCAUCUUGCAGCCUGUCACGAGGAGUGAUGCUUGUCUGUGGAACGAGAUGCCUAAACUGUGGUUAAAAUUUUCAUUGGUGUACAAAAGCAAACAGUCUAGGCCCUCUUCUCACAUUUCAGUUAACAACAUUGUAGCCAUACCCUUCUCUUGGUUGCAAUGCUUGCUUUUUUGUGGGUCAUUUUGUGCCCACCCCAUUUCCUGGUACUAGUACUCUUCCCCAGAACAGAUAGCAAUAGCUAUGGACUAACACAGUCCUAACUAGGAGGUAUCUUAAACUGCUUCAGCCAUAUUAGAAAAUGGGUGCCUGGUUAGUAACAGGCUCCCCUCAGGGCAAGGGCUUCCUCCAUCUUAACAUUUUAAAUCAUUUGCCUUUCCUCCCCGUCCAGUAACAAGCCAUUUCAUUUGGGCAAUUAAGUUUAUCUGCUACUUUUCAUAAUGCGAACCACACGGCUGCUGCAACAUGUUUAAUCUCUUACAUAGAGUCAUCUUUUUAGGACCAGCUCUGCUUCACAGAGGUUCAUGUGACUAGAGCACUGAAUUGCACCACUUGUGGGGGGGUAGAGAGACCUGAUGGGUAUUGCAGAGACACUGCACGACAGUAGGUGCUGUUCCUUUGUCCCAUGUAUCCUGGGUGUCUGCACCCCUUCUUCCUUACCACAAACAUGUCUGUUUUGAUUGGCCAGGAAGCAAAUAGGUUGAUAUGUAAAUGAUCAUUUUUUCUGAGUCUAGGAGUACUUGGUGAGAGGAGCUUUUUUACCCUGUACUGACACAGUUUUAAUUUGUACAGACAAUGAGUUUAGGGAAAGGCUGGAUUCACUCUCACUGGCAUAAGUCAGCAGUAAUUUCACUGAGCUAAUGGGGGUUAAACUGAUAGAGAAACCAGUCUAACAAAGUUCAAGAAUCUUGAAAAACAAAACUUAAGGGACACACUGACAUUGCCCUCAUCAUAGUAGUCCAAAGAACAGAAAAAGCACAUAGAUGAAAUAUUACCAUUUCUUCCAGAACUUGUUUUACACAUAAUUAGCACUUGCACAUUUGUUGAAAACCUUCUGCAGACAUCUUUUUUUUUCCUGAUAGAGGCCAAAGUAGGACAAUCCUGUCAAGUGCUGUUCUUAACUGUGUAUUCUACAAUUGUUCAGUUUGGUUGUCUACAGGUAAAUGUUCAUAUUGCCUCUUCAGCUGUACCUCUAGCAUUGUAAGAGACACUGCAGAUUAGUGGCUGAUCUCAGUACCAUGCAAGCCACAUUCAAGACGACAGGAACUGUGCCAUCAAAUGGAGCCAUGAUUUAGAUCCUGUACACACACGAGAGUUACAGGACUGACACUGGCAUGACUGAGAUAAGAAUUCAGCUUGCUUCAAGAUUUCUUUCAUGUACAAGCAUGUAUAUAGAGCCAUUCAUAUAUGAGCACAUGUGUAAACUGGUUCUAUCCAAGUGGAAUUUUAACUGUUUCAUCUUAGGUUAUAUCCAAUAAUAAUUCCUUUUUAUUCUAGUCAUGAGACUAUUACUUUAUAGAUGAAUCAUUGUGUUCUCAGAUACACAUAUUCAAACUAGACUGGUUUUCUACAAUUAAAGCAUAGGAAUUUUCUUCCACAUUAUUCAAUUCAAGUAUAGGUGAAUAUAAAGGGAACAGUAAUUCAACAUUCUCAGAGGGAGUUCUGUGUCCCCUUCCCUUAUCCUGGACUCUGGUUUUGGGGUCGGAGUUACUGAAUUUGCACCACCAAUGUUAAAGAAAAGCAAAAAAAAAGGACAGUGAUCAAUGUGUGAGUAUUUAUAUACAUAGUAGGUAAUCAUCCUGACUAUAAUACAGUCUCUCAACAAAUGAGACCUUUUUCCUAGUGUAUCAAGUUCAAUAAAAGAAUUUUUUUUUUUUAAAUUACAGAAGCAUGCUGAAACCCCAAAGCAACCCUGCUUAGCCCCAAAUGUACUAUGAUAGCCUGCAGGGCUACUGGCUUCUUACCUGCUAAGGCCUCAAUGGUCUCAGCUUCCCCAAAAUUAAAAAAAGAAAAAAAAAAACCAAACCAGAUUUAGGCUGGGCCCAGCCACCUAGGCUCAGAGACACUGCCAGGGCUCCAAGUGAAGCAUAGUUCAGAAUCUGAGACUUGGCAUGGCAUGCUGAAACCCCAGAGGGGUUGCCAAGCCCUGAGACUUUGCCCCAGGGACCUCUAGCACUGCUCCGGUGAACUCUGAAGCCCAACGAGCUUAGCACAUGUUGUGGGGUAAAACAAAUCUCCCAAAUCCACAAGGUUGCAUCUGGGCAGCUCAGACACACACCACGGCUUUAACUCGCAACCUUCUGGUUCCUAGCUCAUUACAGGAGCCCCUUGGCCCUGUGGCCUUAAUCCUGUGAUCCAGCAGGAGGACCCACCUCUGAAGAUCUCAAGAACUUCAGUGGCCUAAUGCUCUUCACAUCCCAUGCUACGCUACACACAAAAAUAUUUCAUGUGCCUUGCGUGACGGCCCUGGGCCCAGCAAAAAGAGGCCACACUCAGCCACAAAGUCCCCUUUUCUACCUACAACCAUCAUCCUCACAGCCCCAAACCUACUACACAAAAUCUGCAGGGCUGCUGACUUCUUACCUGCUAGGGCCUCAAUGGUCUUGGCUGCCCCAAAAUUAAAAAACAAACACAACAACAAAAACCCCAGACUUGGGCUGGGCCCAGUCACCCCUGCUCAGACACUGCCAGGGCUCUGAAUGAAGCACAGGCCAGAAUCUGGGGCUUGGUGUAGUAUUCCACGCCAACCCCCGAGGCUUUGCUCCCUGAAGCCCUAGCACUGCUCAGGUGAGCUCUGAAGCACAUCUAAACCCAUCAUGUGUUGGGGGGCAAUAUUUUUUUUUUUUCCUACUAUACUGCUGUAACUGCUUGUAUUUUCUCUUUUUCAUAGCAAGCUGAGCCAUGCAGCUGGUAAUAAGAAUUAUUGCUUUAUGUUAACUCAGGGGCAGGCAAUUAUUUCAGGCGGAGGGCCACUUACUGAGUUUUGGCAAGCCAUCGAGGGCUGCACAACAGGCAGCCAGGGGCAGAUAACUAUUCAUUUUCUACAUUUUUUUAGGGGCCCUACGGGCCAGAUAGAACAGCCUGGCGGGCAGCAUCUGGCCCAUGGGCCGCAUUUUGCCCACCCCUGCAUUAAGUACUUGGACUAAGCAAGUGGGAGUGGAAUGAUUUUUUUGAAGGAUGGUACUCUGUUCACAUUCCUGCUUUAAAACAUCUCGGGACUGUCGGAUAUGGCCUGUUUCACCAUUUGUUCACUUGAAGUUAAUGUGACCUGACAUUAUACUAUUUUGUCCUGUUGGGCUAGCUAGCAGCCACAAUUUGUGUUUAAAUUAUACUGUGUGCGCUACAAGCCCAAUACAAGGGAGGUAAAGCCCAACAACUUUACAAUUUAAGCAGGGCUGCAGAAUCAGGUGCUUACGUAAGGAAUGUAUUACAGAAUGACUGUCUGAGGUUGCUGACAGACUAAUUUGAAAAUACAUCAAGGGCUUCGGUGUACUUUGGGUCCAUUUGGAAAUGCAAUGCUUGAUUUGCCUUGUUUGGAGCAGGAGGAAGAAUCAACCUCCCUAAGCAGCUGAGUCAAAAAAAUCCAUGCCUUUCUUUUCAGCCACAGCAUCUUGCAAUCCCAUUAAUUCACUAUUUCACUCCAAGCUGAACCAAAACACAUCCCUUGGGGAGAACCAGAAAGCAUGACUCGGCAUUUCCAAGCACUUUCUCCAGAAGCAUCGUGUAUAAAUUCCAUUUUUAAAGGUGCUUGGUGCCUACAGCAUGGUCACGCACAUUUCUAAGCAAAAAUUAAAUUUCACUUGUGUUUUUCUGUAUUAAGAGCUGCACAGCUUCAGGCUGAUGAGGAGCAUAAGAAUUCUCCUUUCUUGCCUUGGCUUUUCUACCCACACAAGGAUUCAUAGCUUGCAACCCCCUCCCUGCUGCAGGAUUAACAGCUCACAUUACAUUUAAUCCUUUUCACAUCUCCUAUCCACUUCCCUCAACACAAACUGUGAUAGAAAACCCUUGUGGCUUUAGCAAUGACAAUUUUCUGUUUAAAAAAAGUUGGCUGCUUUUGUCCCAUUUACUUGGAUCCACUAACUUUUCUUGUUCUUUUUCUCCACCUGCAUACAGUAAGCUUUUUAUUUGCAGCACUCUCCUAAUAAUGCAGCUUUCUGCACUGUUUUGUAGCCUGCGUGGUUGGUACAUCUGUUGCACUUAAUUCAGAUUUGUACAUACCUAUACAUGUGAAUGCCUGUUUCCAGAUGCACUCAUAAGAUGGGAAAUAAACAAGCUGUCCACUUUU